AUGAAGCUGGCGAAGGCUUCGCUUUGGAGCCGACGAGGCAGGGAGUCACUGCCGAAGUUGUCACUGACGGGCUGGCGAGUAUCGCCAACUGAAGAAGCCUCAGCAGGGGAUCUGAAGAAGAACUAUGAAGUGCUGGAGAUGAUUGGCCAGGGAUCCUCUGCCCGUGUCUUCCGUGCCCGCCGGAAGAAGGAUGGCCGCGAAGUCGCUAUGAAGUGGAUGGAGGCUGCCGAUGAGGAGCUAGUGCGCAACCGCCGGAAUGAGUUCGAGUUGCUGAGGGAUCUGAAGCAUCCGAAUCUCGUUCAGGCCAUCGAAUUCGUGCACAUGCAGACUUCGGCGGUGCUCGUUUUAAGCUACCAUCCAGGUAGCACCCUUCAUGGUGCAGUCAGGCAUUCGCUUGAAGGGCGUUUCGCUGAACCAGUGGCGCAAAGUCUUUUUCGCCAACUGGUCAGUGCUGUAGUCUACCUUCACGCUGCGCGUAUCCUGCACCGCGAUAUCAAGCCGGAGAACAUUCUAGUGUCCUCGGACUUGGAGACACUUCACUUGACAGACUUCAAUGCAUCGAGGUCUCUUCGCGAGGGCGGCUCGCUGACCAUGACUGGCACUCUGGAGUAUGCUGCUCCUGAGGUCCUGGCCGGCGAGUCUCCUUCGGAGAAGCACGACGUUUGGGGCCUAGGUCUGUGCCUGCACCUGAUGGUGAUAGGUCAGCUUCCACGUCGUAUGCACGAUUAUGCAAAGUUUUCAGAUUUCUGUGCCUUGGCGAAGUGCUUUUGGGUACCACAUGCAGAAUAG